AUGGAGACUUUCCGCCCUGCCUUUGUCGACCGUCCUCGUCCGCUUCUCUCCUAUGGCAUUCCGUUCCCGGAGGCCGUAUCCCGCCAUGUUGUCGACACCUUUAAGGCCAAGCGCGUCUAUGUCAUCUGCUCCGGGUCCCUGGCCAAGAACUCCAACUCUCUUGAAAGGCUUGCGGAGACGCUCGGAAAAGUCAAGGUCUCUAUUGUUGGUCGACGGAUUGGCAUGAAAAGUCACACGCUCUGGUCUGAGAUUCUCGAGAUCACAGAGGAUGUUCGAGCCUGCUCGGCUGAUCUCAUCCUCACCCUUGGCGGAGGGACAUUGACGGAUGGGGCGAAAGUGAUUGCAUACGCUCUCGCAAACGAUGCCAAGACCUUCGAGGACCUGGAAACGCUCUGCAUGGGACCUAACCAGGAACCUCCGUCUGCACCCAACCCGGCCACGCCGAAAGUUCCCAUCGUGUCCAUUCCCACUACUCUCUCAGCGGGGGAAUACUCCAACUUCGCCGGCGCCACAAAUGAUCGCACCCACCGCAAACACUCAUUCCAGGCACCUGUUCGCGGACCACAGCUGAUCGUCCUUGAUCCGGAGCUCGUAGUUAAGACACCGGAAUCAGUCUGGAUAAGCACGGGUGUACGUGCUGUGGAUCACUGCGUUGAAACUUUCUGUGCGGUCAAAGGAACGACAGAGGAGUCGGACUCGCUGGCAUUGAAAGCCCUCGCGAACUUGGUACCGGGGCUUGUCAGGUGUCGACAUGAUCAGAAGGGAGAAGAUCUUGAUGCUCGGCUGACGUGCCAGCUCGGGUCUGUCGAUGCCAUGGCAGCCUGCACGGAUGGGAGAGUUCAGCUUGGUGCUAGCCAUGGCAUUGGUCAUCAGCUCGGUCCCCUCGGUGUCGGUCACGGCGAGACCAGCUGCAUCCUCCUUCCAGCCGUAUGUAAGUAUAACGCCAAAUACAACGCCAACAACGACCGUCAAUCCCGUCUGCGCGACUUUCUACUCGAGCAGCCAAUUGUCGCGGACGUCAUCAAGUCCCGUGGUCUCGAGAAGGAACGCCUUGAUCUGGGUGACGUGCUAGAUGCCCUAUUCCGGGAACUCGGCAUGCCGCGGUCUCUGAGUGAAGUUGGCGUCGGCCGGGAUAAGCUAGACGGUCUGGCGGCACACUCUCUGCACGACCGAUGGUGUCGAUCGAAUCCGGUGCCGUUGAACGAGAAGGAGCAGGUCUUGGAGAUUUUGCAGCAGGUGGUUUGA